CAACUCGGAUACGAGAACAUAUCCCAGCCUGGUUCUAUAAGGGUGAAAGGAAAGCAGUUAGGAGUUCUAUUCUUGAACACCUAAUUGACUAUAACCAUUCAACAGAUCCACAAAUUGAUUUUAAGGUUGUUUAUAUGAUUCGUUCAAAUCUACCCAGAUUUCUUCGUAUACAACUUUUAAAAAUAGCCGAAGCUCUUGCCAUCCAGGAGCUUAAACCAGAACUAUGCGUACAAAAGAAGUACGUCUUAUCGUUAUCGUUACCUUGGCCUUAAUUAGUUUGAUUAUCCUACCAUUAAUGUUAUUAUUAUUAUUAUUAUUAUUACUGCAUUCCCUCUUUACUCAUGUCUUAUAUUCUCAUUGUUUUAUUCAUGAACGCUCAUCAUAUCAGUUUAUUUUUGUACACCUCUAUGACCUUUAAUUAUUAUAACAAAAACAUUUUAAUCAUCUUAUUAUUAUCACUAAAUCUAUUGUUAUUGUUAUUAUUCAUAUUACGUAAUCUAGUAUUAUAACCUUUAUAUUAACUGUGUUCACAUUUCCUCACGGAAUUAGUACUUUUACAAAAACAAAAAAUUUUCAUAUAUAUACGAUUGUACAGCUUGAUAAUAAAUUCGUUGAAAAGAGAUCCCUUCGCUGAAAUUCGUGUUUUAAUUUUAAUGUUUAAAUGGGAAUUAUCUGUCAAUUGAAGAAAUGCAAGGACCUUAUGACGAUGAAAGGGCUCAAUGAAUUCUUACGUUACACCGUCAAGCUUGCGUUAGUGAAAUGUGAGAUCAAUUUUCUUGAAAGCUGUAUCGAAAAUAAUGACUAUCCUAAACGUUUCUGGAAGGCAUUAAGGCGAAACCAUAUUCAUCCCAAUGCAAAAACACUCAAACGUCAUGCACUCAAUUAUAUCGAUGCUAUCAAAACUCGAAAAGUCGAACUAGAUCGCAACAUAUCUCUAAGAAGUCACGCAUUGUUUGAAUUGUCGUUAGAUGAACGUAAACAAUUUGAGGACUAUGUUACUAAUGUUACAGAAAAACAGUCACAAAAAGCUAAACGUAAACACUUGGAAACAUUGCAACACGUAGACGUGACUAAAAAGUUUCCAGAACAUCCAGAAAAUUAUGUAUUUAAUCAUUCUUCUAUUAAACUUUCGCCAGUCCAAAUGCAGGCCUUAUCAUUGGGUCCCAAGUUCUGUAACAGCACCUCCAAAACCAGUAGACUUCAUACACAAAUACAAUUCGAAAAUCUAUCAAAUCAAACUCACGAUCUUAUGCCGACAUCUCCACAAAAUCUCCAGCACUUUAAGUCCACAUUACUGGACUGCAGUCAUGGAUUCGUUAAUGCACAUUGUAGUAAGAAUAACCUAUUAACUAAGAACCACUUGGAUCAGCUAAUACUGUUGAAAAGAAAUAAGGAUUUAAUCCUAAGUAAACCUGACAAAGGAGCUGGUGUAGUACUACUUGACCGCAAAGAAUAUUUGGAUAAAAUGAAGUUAAUUCUAGAGGAUGGUACUGAAUUCUUCAAACCUAAAGAAGUUGAUAAAACAUUACAAAUCGAAAAACAGCUAACAGAUGUUGUUAAAAAUCUUAAGAAUAAGGGGAUAAUAACCCAAAAUUUAUAUAAUCACAUGCGUCCCAUGGGUUCAGUCAUCCCGCGCUUAUAUGGACUACCGAAAAUACAUAAGCUGGGUUUACCGUUACGACCUAUUUUGGACAUGUCAAGUUCUCCAUACCACAGAAUCGCCAAAUGGUUAGCGGAAAAAUUGGAACCGGUUAGAAGACAAGUAUGUAAACAUUCUAUUCAUGAUACUUUUCAAUUUAUUGAUCGUAUUAAGGACGUUAAUGCUUCCGAAAAACACAUGUUCUCGCUUGACGUUAAUUCUUUGUUCACUAGUGUACCUUUAACCGAAACAAUAUGUUAUUUAUGUGAAUAUAUUAAUUCUAACAAUAUAGAUCUAGGUUUACCAACUGAACAUUUGAAAGAAUGAUUGUUACGCUGUACUUUUAAUGUCCAGUUCAGUUUCAAUAAUGAAAUAUAUAGACAAAGGGAUGGGAUCGCAAUGGGGCCUCCAUUGGGUCCAAUUUUAGCAGACUGUUUCAUGGCAAAAGUAGAAAACGACCAACUCCGUUCAAUGAUCAAUCGAUUCCACCUGUACGUGAGAUACAUGGACGACACGUUUGUUGUUUGUGACAAUAAUAUUGAUUUAGAUGAUAUUCUACAUACCUUUAACUCGUGCCACCCAUCCAUAAACUUCACGUUAGAAAGGGAACACGACCAAUCAAUUCCUUUUCUCGAUGUACGUCUGAUGAGAACGAGUAAUGGUUCUUUAAAAAGAUCCAUCUUUAGAAAACAAACAUGGAAUGGCCAGCUAACCAACUUCUACAGCUGGGUUCCGUUAAGUAGGAAGAGAAACCUUAUCCAUUCUUUAUGCCAUCGCAUACAUCACAUAUGCAGUACGGAAUGCAUUAACGAAGAACUCGCAUUCCUGAAGAAGACUUUGACGGAAAAUGGUUACCCAGAACGGUUCAUAGAAAAGAAUAUGAAUAAAAGUAGUCGCGAGAAGAAUUCUAGUUGUUCCGUUCCAAAGAAAAACCUUUAUAUAAGUCUGGAAUUUAAAGGUGACCGAACAUCGGACGUAAUCAAAAACCGUCUAACAACUACUAUUAGGAGAACAUUUAACGCGGC